GCGCCCUGCUUCUGUCUCACCGCGCUUGGAGGUUGAAGAAGCAAAACUCUUUGGCUGAUGAGUGAAGGCGACGGAAAAGUGACCGUAAGCCGUGGUUCGGUGUCACAGCUUGGAACUUAUCAUCACGCGAGUCUGUCUACAAACACCAAAAACGACCCAACAGCUUGGAGUGCUUGUGGGUUCCGGACAACACCGACAGAACUGUUAUCCAGGCGGUUAGGUUGCCAUCUCGGUAGGGGCAAGGAAGGCAGUAUGGGUUGUCAAGGAAACAGGCUCUGUCCUCAUCGUGACGAAACAAUGAAGGAUUAGUGACGAAAGGGGCGCGGCUUUGGUGAUGGGUCACCAGUGACGUCCAGUAUCUGUUUGACGACAGAGACUCAGUGGAUUGGCCUCUGCAGCGUCUGUGGCAAAAAGUUCUACAUAUUCACAUAAAUGUGAAGUUAUCCACUUUGGAAGCUGGAACAAGAGGGCAGAGUAUUGUCUGAACGGUGUCGAGUUAGGGCAUUAGAAGUGGAGGAUUUGCAGAUGGAAUCUGAACAUCACAUUAAGACCUGACGGUCACAGCCGUCUUUCGAAAGUACAGAGAGAGAAAUGUCUGUCUGUUCUGACUGUGGGGAAAAGAUCUCAAACACGAGUGUGACUGGAGAAUUAAAAGCUUUGGGAGAGGCAUACAAAUGCACCCCCUGCCCCCCCAGGGGGAGUGUUCCAGUUACUACCUCUGGAAACAGCUUUAAGCACUCCCACAACCUGUCAAACAUUGUCCCAUUCUGUGUGGGGAGAGACUGUACUGUAUUUUCUACGCACGAACAAGGCUACAGCUGAUUGUCCAACCUGGAGAGACGUAAGGACCCCCAUGUCGCAGAGAAACUGUGUAAAUGUGGGGACUAUGGGAAGCAAAUCCAUUACCCGUCCCUGCUGGAAAUUCAUCGGCGCAGCCACACCGGGGAGAGACCAUUCACUUGCACUAUGUAUGGGAAGGGAUUCACACAGUCUUCCCACCUCCUGACACACCAGCGUGUACACACUGGAGAGAGGCCAUUUGCCUGCACUGUGUGUGGGAAAGGAUUCACACGCCUGUCCAAUAUGUUGACACACCAGUGGAUUCAUACUGGUGAGAGGCCGUUCACUUGCUCACUGUGCGGGAAGGGAUUCACACAGUUGUCCACGCCUUUGACGCACCAGCGAGUCCACACUGGGGAGAGGCCACUUACGUGCCCCCUGUGCGGGAAAGGGUUCACAAGCUCUGCAAAUCUGCUGACUCACCAGUGUCUGCUCAGUGGAGAGAGGCCGUUCACAUGUUCCACCUGUGGGAAGGGCUUCACCCAGUUGUCGCACCUGCUGACACUCCAGCGGGUCCACACCGGGGAGAGGCCAUUCACCUGCACCCUCUGUGGGAAAGGGUUCAUCAGCUUGUCCAAUCUGCUGACCCACCAGCGAGUUCACACGGGGGAGAGGCCAUUCACGUGCACCGAGUGCGGGAAGGGGUUCACCCAGUUGUCGCACCUGCUGACCCACCAGCACGUCCACACUGGGGAGCGGCCUUUCACCUGCUCCGUCUGUGGGAAAGGAUUUGCUGUUUCAACAAGCCUGCUGAAGCACCAGAAAGGCCCUUCAGGUGCUCGGACUGCGCAAAGAGCUUCAAAGGUACCAAGCAACUGGUUAAGCACCAGCACACUCACGCCCGGGAGAAGCUGUUCUCCUGCUCUGCAUGCGGGAAGGGCUUCACUCAGACCUCCCAGCUUCUCACGCACCAAAGGGUACACGCUGGAGACCGGCCAUUCACCUGCUCUGUGUGGGGAAGGCCUUCGCUCACUCCUCCCACCUCCUCACACAUCAGCGGAUCCACACUGGGGAGAGGCCCUUCACCUGCUCGGUGUGGGGAAGGCCUUCGCUUAGUCCUCCAACCAGCUGAGACACCAGCGAGGUCAUGUCUGACAGCAGGGAGCUGCGUUAGAGUAAGAGUAACCGUACUGGUCACAGCCGAUGUCUACCUCAAUUCCGUUAAUCAGGCUUGGUGUUGUCCCACACAAACAUGUCUCAAGAAUUUUGAUUAGCUGCUAGGUUCCAUUGUACGGGCAGAUCAUCAAUUCAUGGAGAGCUUUUUAAAAGAAUUCUCCCACCUUAUAAAUUAUUUUUUCCUUUCCCACACCAAGCUCUCCCUUCCCUUCACUACAUCAGACGCAGCUGUCUCAAAUGUGAGCUAAAGCAUAGAUUUUUAUAAUGCUUUGUUCUUAUCUUGACUACAGAGUCAAACACUUUCCUUCUGUUGACACUUGAUCCAAAAUAUAACCGUUGGUGAAAUGAUGAGGUGCUUUUCCACAGAAUAAAUUGUUUUUAUACA